GUAAAAGAACGCCGACAAACGUUCGUCGCUCCGCUGCCGAACUCGUCGUUUCGCCGCUCUCACUAAUUUCUGAUUGUGACGUCUGCGCGGGCGCGUGUGCAAGGUGAAGCGCUGGGCUGUCGUCGGUUCGUCGCGUCGUCGCUCUGUCGGUCGGUCGGUCGGUUGGUUGGUCUGUCGCUCGUUUGUUCGUUCGGUCGCUUUGUCAUACAACUCCCCCGUGCAUUUUUUUGUGCCCCAAGCUCUGUUCACCGACUCGAUACCCAUACCCAUGCCCACAUACACACAUUCAUAUAUGUACAUAUGUAUGCAUGCAUACGUACGUACGGGUGUGUGUGUAGCAGCUUCUGUUCUCCGGAGCAGGCAAUAGAGCUUGGACACGCGUCGCUGUCUCUGUCUCUCCCUCUUCCCAUCCCGCUUACUCAAUGUGCCGUUUUCUCGUAUUUUUGUACAGAAAUAAGAAAAACAACAACAAACCUCAUAAAAAAAAGUUCAAACAUUUGUCGCAAAAGGAAUGAAAAAAGUGUCAAAGCAGUGAAAAAAAACACGAAGGAAAUUCAGCAACGGCAGAACGAGAAAGAAAAAAGGCCGCACAAAGAGCCAAAGAGUUUGGCUGUCUCGUUCUGGCCCCCGCUUACAUAAAUGGAGAAUAAUUCUUGAGAUUGCUUUUCGGCAAAGCCAAGCAAGCCAGCAGCAAACUCGAAACGGAGGAAAAUUUUGUGGAUUUACAUUUUCCGUCUUCCUGGGCGAGCAACCGAGCGCCCCCUGUGUGUGCGUCUGUGUGUGUGUGUGUGUAAGUGUAAGUGUGUGUGUGUGUGUGCCUGGCGUUUCUUUUGUGGAUUAUUACGCCCUCUCGCACACUCUCUCUCCCCCACUCACUCACACUCACACUCACCUAAGAGGAGGAGAGCGAACAGGCCAGCAAGAAGCUGCCAGAGUCCUCGUUCGCACCUCGCCUCGCCACACAGCUCUUCAUCACCUGCCCAACACCGCCCCCCUCCUCCUCAUCAUCAUCAUCAACCUCUCCCCCACGUACGUUCCAUCAACUGGAUGCUGUCUAUGAGAAAGGAACGAGCAUAUCAAGAGCAGAAAUUGCGAUUAUUUUGGAUUUAUAAAAAGUUUUGAAAAUGAACAGUUUGGCCCGAGGGCCGAGGCCCUGCGUCUCCCUGUGUGGUUGCCUGGAAAGCUCAACUAAACGGCAACAACAACCCCAUCUUCCCAGUAACGUCCGCGACAGCAACAGCAACUCCAACUCCAAGAAAAGCAGCAGAAACAGCACCGCUGCCUGCACGUUACCAGGCACUAUUGGAAGUACUUUGGGCCGCCCGCGCAGUGCGGCCGCCCGAUCGUUUGCGUCUGCAUGGAGUCAAUGAGACGUAACGAGGCGAACACUAGCCACCACCCGAAUAAGGUGGCCCUGAAUAGCAGCAACGUAGCAACGGAAAGCAAUAUUAAGAGUAACAAAUUGUUAGCUAAUUUAAGUGCAGCGAACGCAGCAACAAUCCAGACAGCGGCAGCAGCAGCAGCAGCAGCAGCAGGAACAGCGACGGCAACAUCGGGAAACGCGACGGCAGCGACAACAACGAAUCAAACGUUGAAUUACAAUAACAAAGGGAAGGUGACGGCAACGGCAGCGAAUAAUCAGAGGAGCAAUCACAACAACAGCAGCAGCAAGAAGCACACGAAGGCAACUGGAGCUGGAAAGACAACAGCCUCUUCCCACUCCACGGCGCUGUCAUCGUCGAGCAGCUCCAAUUCGAGCGAGUCGAAGGACACGAACUUCGAGUACGAGGACGAGUGGAACAUCGGUGGGAUCCCAGAGCUGCUGGACGAUCUAGACGCGGACAUCGAAAAGUCUGCGGCGCAUUCGGGUGGUGGCAACCAGGCUACCUCGAUAAAUGCCAAGCAGGCAACCAGCUCCUCCUCCACAUCCACAUCCACCUCUGCAUCGGCGCCAGCCAAGGCGAGUGGGUCAUCGUCAUCGUCAUCAGCAGCAGCGGCAUCAUCGUCAUCGUCAUCAUCGUCAUCGUCAGGAGCGUCAGCGGCUGCAGUACAUCACAAGUCGCACAAGACCACAUUGCAUAGCAAUUUGUCGGCCACAUCGCCAACCACAAUUAAGUUCACACGCCAGCCCGUCCCCAGUGGCACCGGGAGCAGUAGUGCAUCAGCCGCGUCGUCAACAUCCUCGAACGGGAACGGGAACGGUAACGGUAACGGUAGCGGCCACAGCGGGAGCGGAAGCGGAAGCAACACAAACGUGGUGGCUAGCAAGGGCUCCACUUCGGGCAAGCAUCAUCACCACCACCACCAUCACUCGACAUCAUCUUCGUCGUCUACCUCGUCGAGCUCCAGCAGCGGCUCCAAGGGCUACAAAUCCGCUUUGGUGGCACAACUGAACAGUCCGAGUACACUCGGAAAUAGCCACAGCAGCGGGAGUCACUCCAAGGCACCACCUGGCGCAAGCUCAAGCACAAGCGCAAGCGGAACCGGAACAGGAGCCGGAGCAAGCGCAGGAGCCGGAAUCGGAGCCGGCAGCACAUUGUCAUCCUCGACAUUUGCCGGCUUCUCGAAGGGAGGCAGCCUAGUAUCCUCUUCUACAGCGGCAGCGUCAGCCACAGCCACAACCGCAGCCACAACCACAACCACAGCCGCAGUACCAUCCGCAACUGGCAGUGGUCAGCAGGCCUCCAAAGUCUCCGCUGGCGGCAUGUCCUCGCAAACGGGCAGCGGCAGCGGCAGCAACACAAGCAACAACAGCGGAAGCAGCAGCGGCAGCGGGGGAGGAGGCGGCAACGCCAACAGCACCGGAAACAGCGUGAACAACAGCAGCGGCAGCGGAGGCAGCCUCAGCGGCCCAGUCGGUGGCCAGAGUUCGCAAGGCGGCAGCAGCUCCAGCGGUAAAACGAGCGCAAAAAUGUCCAUUGAUCAUCAAGCCACGCUCGACAAAGGACUCAAAAUGAAGAUCAAGCGCACCAAGCCGGGCACCAAGAGCUCGGAGGCCAAGCACGAGAUAGUCAAGGCCACCGACCAACAGAACGGAGCCCUGGGCGCCAACUCGGCAGCCAACUCCAACGAGGACGGGAGCACGGGCGCCAACAACGCGUCCUCCCUCUCAUCCAGCAACUCUUCGAGCAGCGCCAGCAGCGGCAACUCCUCCAGUAGCGGGAGCAGCAGCAGUGGCAACUCCUCGAGUAGCAGCAAGAAACACAUGAACAACUCCAGUGCUGGCAGCGGGUCCUCAUCCAGUGGCGCCCAGAACAGUGCCGGCCACAGCAGCUCGGCCAGCACAUCCUCGAGCAGCAGCCAGUCCACGCCCCAGGGCACAAAGAGAGGCAGCUCCGGGCACAGGCGCGAGAAGACCAAGGACAAGAACGCACAUUCCAAUCGCAUGUCCGUGGACAAGUCGGCCGCUGCCGCAUCGGCGGCCGGGGAGAAGGACACGCCAGAGAAGAACUCUGGAUCUGGCUCGGGAUCAGGGUCGGUAUCGGGAACGGGCGCAUCAUCCUGCUCCUGCAGCGGCGACGUGGGCACGCCCUGCUCCCACCACGCCUGCAUCCGACGUGCCGCGCACAUGUCCAACUCCAAUUCCAAUUCCAGCGGCGGGAGCAGUUCGGGCAACGUGGCUGCUGCAGCUGCAGCUGCCUCCUCCAUGUCAGCUGUGCCGCCGGGGGUGUUUACACCGUCGGCCGGCUCACCCUCGGCGGGAUCUCCAUCGGCCGUCGUCCCAGCAGCCGCCUCUCUGCUGGCAGCCACAACGGCCGUCUCCUCCUCCGCCUCGCAGCUAUCCGGCAGCGCUGGCGGCGUCGGUGGCGGCGUCGGCACUGGAGGACCGAAUGCACCGGGGCCGCCAGGCAAGGAAACCUCCGGCAGCAGCAUCAAGAUAUCCUCACACAUCGCCGCACAGCUGGCAGCCGCAGCCGCAUCCAACAGCUACACCGGCCAGGGCCCUGGUCCGGGUCUGGGACAGGGACAGGGCGGCAGCGGGAGCGGCUCAAACUCCAACUCCAACAGCAGUCAGAGCAGCUCCAGCAGCAGUGGCGACAGCAAGGCAUCGGCUGCGGCCCAGGCCAAAAUGAUGGCUCCGGGGAUGAUCUCAGCGACGGUCCACCACACGAUUUCAGUGCCGGCUGGCAGUGUUGGUGACGAGGACACCAAAUCCCCGCCAGCCAAGCGGGCUAAGCACGAGGCAAACAGCUCCGGCAGCGGCGGCGGCAGCAGCAGCGGCAAGGAGAUGGUCGACAUAUGCAUCGGCACUUCGGUGGGAACCAUCACCGAGCCGGACUGCCUGGGGCCCUGCGAGCCGGGCACCUCGGUCACCCUCGAGGGCAUCGUUUGGCACGAGACCGAGGGCGGCGUCCUCGUCGUGAACGUGACGUGGCGCGGCAAGACCUAUGUGGGCACCCUGCUAGACUGCACCCGACACGACUGGGCUCCUCCAAGAUUCUGUGAUUCACCAACUGAAGAAUUAGAUUCUCGAACUCCAAAGGGUCGCGGCAAGCGCGGACGCAGCGCCGGGCUCACGCCCGACCUGAGCAACUUCACCGAAACCAGAAGUUCGAUUUACUUCUCGCAUGCCCAAGUGCAUUCGAAGCUGCGCAACGGCACCGCCAAGGGACGAGGAGCAACGCGCAGUGCCUCGGGGAAUGCGGCCACGAACAGCCACAGCGGAUCGUCGGGCAAUGGGGGUGGGGCCACGCCCAGCACAUCACCCACAGCAUUUCUGCCGCCGCGUCCGGAGAAGCGCAAGUCGAAGGACGAGGCACCGUCGCCGCUCAACGGCGACACGGACGGCGGCUCGGACCGGAGCAUGGUGAACGCCAGCGGCAUUCCAAUAUCGGCAAGCGGCGGUGGCCUGGCCACGCAGCCGCAGAGCCUGCUUAACCCAGUCACCGGACUCAACGUGCAAAUCAACACAAAGAAAUGUAAGACUGCCUCGCCCUGCGCGAUCUCCCCGGUGCUGCUCGAGUGUCCCGAGCAGGACUGUAGCAAGAAGUACAAGCAUGCCAAUGGGCUGCGCUACCACCAGUCGCACGCCCAUGGGGCUGGCGGCGGGGCCAGCUCGAUGGACGAGGACUCGAUGCAGGCACCGGAGGAGCCGGGCACGCCGCCCUCGCCAGGCGGCGCUGCAGCUGCACAGGCGACAACAGUAACAGGGGUACCAGUGGCACCCUCCACUUCCACAUCCACCUCCACCGCCAACGUUGCUGUUGUCAAUGGUGGAAGUGCUCCACCGGCGACAGGUGCAACGGCAGCCGCAGCAGCAGCAGCAGCAGCUUCAGUCGCCCCGAUAUCUGCCACAUCCUCGGCGGAAACACCAGCUAUUCCCGCUCCACCAGCAGUCACUCCUCCCACUGCGACCCCCAUCUGCGCCGCAGCAACAGCGACUCCAGUUGGUCUGGCAGCAACAACUGAGGCUACCCCCGUCUCUGUGUUGCCCCUGGCAGCCAAUCUUCCGCUAGCAGUCCCUGCAACUGCAACGGCAUCGACGGCGUCGUCGUCAGUGCCUCCACCAACACAGCCGCCGCCGUCGCAACAGCAACAGCAGCAGCUGCUCACUCCAGGCAGUAGCUCGGGGAGCAAUCAGCCUGUCGCCGGGGGCAGCAUCACUGCUGGCAUCUCUGGCCAGGCUCUCUCCCAGCACCAGCAACAGCUGAUGGGCGGUCUACCGGCCAUGCUGACGGAGCAGCAGCAGCAGGCGCUGCUCCAGCAAGGAGCCUUGAAAGCGGGAGUCCUGCGUUUUGUCCCACCCGAUGCCACUGCCCUGCAACAACAGCAACCAGGCCAGGUUCAGGUCAAUCCACAGACACAGCAGCAGUCGCCGCCGAGACCACCAAGCCAUGCCCAGGAUGCGCAGCAGACACCAGCUGGCUACGCACAGCAGGCGGGGCUGAAGACCUCUCCAGGUUUCGGGUCUGUGGGCGUGGGCUCCAACAGCAAGCAAAAGAAGAACCGAAAGUCUCCCGGGCCAGGCGACUUCGAUGGUCGGGUGUCCCGCGAGGAUGUGCAGAGUCCGGCCUACAGUGAUAUUUCGGACGACUCCACGCCCGUGGCCGAGCAGGAGCUGCUGGACAAGUCGGUUGGGCAACCGGCCAAGCACAUCGAGCUGCUCGGCAAGAAGCCCCCCGAGGUGGGCGUGGUGCCGGCAGCUCCCACACCCAGCAUGCCUGCCCUGGGCGGCUAUGGGAUGUACCAGUUCUACCCAGCCCAGCAGCAGGCGCCACCGCCUCCUCAACAGCAGCAGCAGCAGCAGUACAUGGUGCAGACGGGGCCCGAUGUCAUGCAGCCCGGAAAGGCACCCGGAAUGCCACCUACGCUGGCCCAGGCACAGGCACAGGUCCAGCAGCAGCAACAGCAGCUGCAACCGGGUGCGCCUCCGCCUACCUCACAGCCGCAGACACAUCUGCUGGUGCCACCCUCCCAGCAGGCGGUUAGUGCCCACCUGGCCGAUUACAGCAACAAGAACAAGGAUCCGCCUCUGGAUCUGAUGACCAAGCCACAGCCCGGCCAGCAGUCAAAUCAUCAGCCACUGCAGACGGGACCACCACCCGGCCAGGGGGAGAAUAUCGGAAAAGAGGGAGGGGCCCCACCCACAUCCCAAACGGGCAUCCAGCCGCCGCCUGUGAAUCUCAGUGCCGUGACUGGCCCGCCGCCUGGAGCCCUGCCUCCCGGCCUGGGGGGCCUCUCGGCACUGGGUGCUGCCGCCCUGGGCGGUCCAACGCCCGGAAAAGGCAUGCCCCACUUCUAUCCCUUCAACUUUAUUCCGCCUGCGUAUCCGUACAAUGUCGAUCCGAACUUUGGGCCCGUUUCCAUUGUGGGCUCCUCCGAGGAGGCGGCGAAGCUGGGCGGGCAUCCUGGUCUGCCCGGGUCGCAAGCCCAACAGCUAUCAGGGAUCAGCAUCAAGGAGGAACGGCUCAAGGAGAGUCCCAGUCCACACGAGAACCCCAAGCACAUGGCGCCCCAGCAACAGCUGCUGGCCAACAAGCUGAUCAAGCAGGAGCCGAUGACAAAGCAGGAGAUCAAGCAGGAGCCGAACUCCAAUCCUGGCCAGCAACACCCGCCGCCAUCUCAGGCCCAGGCCCCGCAACCACAGCAGCAGCCCCAGCCCACGCAGCCCCAGCAGCCUCACGCCCUGCAUCCCAAGGAUCUACAGGCCCUGGGCGCGUAUCCAGCCAUCUACCAGCGUCACUCGAUGAGCUUGGCGGCGGUGCAACAGGCGCGCGACGAGGAGCUGCGACGGUAUUACAUGUUUACUGGUCGACAAAACCAGGCAGCAGCCGCUGCUGCUGCUGCUGCGGCCGCUCAGAAUGCUGCCAGUGGCGGGGGCCCUGGAGGGCUUCCGCCUCAUCCCGGCAUGCUGCACAAGGAUGAGUCGAAUCUCAGCCUGCAGCAGCAGCAACAGCAGCAUAUGACUCUGGCCCAGCAUCAGCAGCAGGCGAUCCAGCAGCAGGCGAUCCAGCAGCAUCACCAGCAUCUCCAGCAGCAACAUCAUCAGCAACAACAACAGCAGCAACAACAGCAACAACAACAGCAACAACAACAGCAACAACAGCAGCAGCAGCAGCAACAACAACAGCAGCAACAGAAGCUAAAGCAGGCUCAGGCGUCGUCAGUGGCAAACAACAAGGCCACGAAUCUGACAAAGGACUCGCCGAAGCAAAAGAACAACUCUAGCGAGGAUGAGCAACAGCAGCAGCAGCUGAAGGUGAAGCAGGAGGGUCAGAAGCCAACAAUGGAAACACAGGGACCGCCGCCACCGCCUACGUCGCAGUACUUCCUUCACCCCUCGUAUAUAUCGCCGAAUCCGUUUGGUUUCGAUCCCAACCAUCCCAUGUACCGCAACGUGCUGAUGUCGGCAGCCGGCCCGUACAACACGGCACCGUACCAUCUUCCAAUACCCCGCUAUCAUGCGCCAGAAGAUCUCUCCCGCAAUACGGGCACCAAGGCACUGGAUGCACUGCAUCAUGCAGCCAGCCAGUACUACACAACGCACAAGAUCCAUGAGCUCAGCGAACGUGCCCUCAAGUCGCCCACCAGCGGCAGCGGCCCCGUCAAGGUGAGCGUCAGCAGUCCCAGCAUCGGACCACCCCAAUCGGGUGGCCCAUCAAACAGCGGUCCGGGCUCCGGUCCCAAUGUCCUCGGUGGCAACGGGCCCAGCCAGCCCGGUUCGGGUCCUGGGUCUGCGGGCGGUGUGCCGCUGAACCUACAGCCACCAUCAGGAGGAUUGGGCUCGACGCCCGGUAAUAAGCCCGACCUGGCCGGCCAGAAGCCGCACGGAGUGCCGCCUGGCUCAGCGCUAGACGCGCACAAACAGACGAUGCCUGGUGGCCCACCACCCAGUGGACCACCCGGCAACGGCGGUGUGGGAGGAGUCGGUGGAGCCGCUGUGAAUGGCCCUGCUGGUGGAGGUGGCGCAGGUGCCGCUGACUCCCGCAGUCCGCCUCCCCAAAGGCACGUCCACACUCAUCACCACACGCACGUAGGACUCGGUUAUCCCAUGUAUCCGGCGCCCUAUGGAGCGGCUGUCUUGGCUAGCCAGCAGGCGGCUGCUGUAGCUGUGAUAAACCCGUUUCCGCCGGGACCGUCGAAAUGAGAACCAAUGAAUGGGAGCAGCGAGAAGAAGGUGUAUAACGUGAAGAACAACUAGCGUGGAGCGGAAUGGGAAACUGAGUGGGAAUCUAUAUGUGCGAAUGCAUUUGCUGUUUUUAUAAAAAUGAUUGUCCCACGAACCGAACCCAAGACCCACCCGAGAUCCUUGGGCACGCCGCCAACUUCUUCCCGUCGAAUCCUGUCCAGGUCUUCUAUGCAUCUCAACAGUCCUUCGGAUACUGAAUGCAUACAAUCGAGUUAAUGAGGAAUCGACUAUUUAUAUACAUAAGUAUUUUUUGUAUGUUUCGUUCAACGUGGUUAACUAUAGCUAUCCUAAGGUAUCACUACUAUUAGCACAUACAACCUAUACAUAUAUAAAUAUAUAUAGCAUAACUACUACUAUAGCUACUAUAGUUUUUUCCUAAGUGUAUUUGCAUAUACAUAUAGAUAUCUAUAUUUAUAUAUAUAUUACUGUAUAUCAUACGAGAGAGGCGUAAUCGAAUAUGAACAAACAGACAGACGAACAGAAGAACAUGCUGCAAACAAACAAAAAAAAAAAAACAAACAGACAAACCCCAAAACUGUGUGUAGUGUGUUGAUUUCUUUGUAAAAAAUAACCAUUUAACGAAAACUAACCAGAGAUAAGGAACAUAAACGAAUUAAUAUUGUUUAACGAUUAAAUUAUGCUAGUAGACCGUACAAUUUUAGCAUUUAGAGUUUUGUAUUAAUUAUCCCUAUCUGUGUUGCGGAUGGUGGCUGCGCGAGAUUUGCAUCUAAAAGACAAAUUGGGCGCGCCGCCCAUUCAUUCAUUAUAUAUACUAAAUAUAUAUAUAUGUGUAUCUGUAUCUAUAUCUAUUGUAUGUGUAUGUGUAUGUGUGUACUACUCGUGUCUGUAGUUUCUUGCUAUAAGUUCUCUAUGAAUGAAAAUGAUUCGACAUUUUUGGCCAGCAGCAAACGCAACAGCAGCAGCAGCCGUCACACUGAUUUAAAUUGUUUCUAAGCAUCAAUUUGUACUUUAAAUAUACAUAUAUUUAUGCAUAUGCAUCGGCAUAUAUGAUAUGAUAAUAGCGACAUAUGUGUAAUUGCAUAUGCAUUUAUCUAUGCGAACGUCGGCGUGUCGGCGUGUAGUAGUUCGUCAGCCGCUUCAUAGUCUCUACGCGCGUGAUUUAUGGCACUUAAUGUUCUUUAGCCUAAGCUCCCAGACAAAAACCAAACCUAAACUAACCCAACCCCAAACCCACCACCCAAAAAGAAUCCGUUUUCCCAAACAGCAAUUCUUCUAUAGAAUUUACAAAUAAAAACCAAGUAUUGAUUGUAAAUAUACCUUA